AUGUUUUUCCUCCUGCGUCGCUGGUCUCUGUCUCCUCCUGCAUGUGGCUAUGCUGAAGCUCCAUGGGAAAGAUAUACAACGGAUUCCAUGGGAGUGUUUGGAAGUGCGCUGCAGAAGGAGAAGGCCUUCUGUAUUGGCACCACUUGGGGUAAUGAUCAACACAUGUUUGAUACAAUGACUGAGCCAACACCUAUUGAAUCCAACAUGAGUAGCUUUUAUGGGAAGAACAAGAACAAUACUGUUAUUUCAUUUAGUAUUUGGCAUUUCCUUGAUUUGCCUUGCAGAGUCAAUUCUUACUGCCUCUGUCCUUGGUGUCCUUGCAAAGUCAAUGCUAGAGUUUCUUUGAACUUGAAGUGCAAAAAACUACAAGUUGAAUCUUGUUUGAAAUCCAAACUCAACCCUACUCACCUGGAAGUAGUUGAUACAUCUGGAGGAUGCGGUGCAAGUUUCGUAGUUGAGAUUGUAUCAAAAGAAUUUGAAGGCAAGAGGCUACUGGAGAGGCAUCAAAUGGUGAAUGCUGCGUUGGAGGAGAAAAUGAAAGAGAUUCACGCUCUCUCUGUCAAGAAAGCUGUCACCCCAGAGCAGUGGAAACAGCUGCAGCAAGACUCCAACCAAGCAAAUCCUGCUGCCUAGGAUCAUGUCUUUUCAGUUACAAUAAUAGGGUAUAAAUAA